CCUUACCUCUGACGACCACCAUAAUAUCGAUGGAAGAUCCAGGAGGAUUGCCCGCGAAGCGAAAAAGGGUUGAUAGUACCGAAAUGACCGGACCUGAUGGAUUUACGAAGGCAAAAAUUGUGUCAAAACCGAGGUCAAGAGCCUCCGUCCCUAUUUUCCAGUCCGCUUUCGACACUGGGCAAGUUCAUGGAAGUAAUAAACCAAAAUCGACAACAAGAUCGAAAGGUUCUUUAACCGCCUUCCAACCGAGCCACAAGGCUGGUAGUUCUACCUCGGAACUUGGUUCUUCGAUAUCCAAUCCUUUGACAGAGCACAGAACACCGAUUUCGAAAGGGUUACCGCCUUCAAAGCCUCUCCACGUAGUCAAGGCACCUCAGUUCCAAAAAUACAAGUCGACAACGUCGGAAACAUCUUCAAAGCCAUUUUCGAAAAUGAAGGUGCUGCCGCCACCCGUCGUUACCACUCCCCCAACUAUAGUCCCAUCAAUUGUGUCAUCAAAAGUCCUGAAAAAUCUAGCUCCACCCUUGUUUCCUGUCGUCGAUGCAUCGUUCUUGUUGUCUUCAGUGGAUCAUAAGCCCAUACCACAAUUUCUACCCAUACGUCCGUCCACUCCUCCUUAUGAGAAACCCAUGAAAACUAUUGGAACAACUCGUGUGGCCCUGGUCACCGAUAUCUCAUCCGAUGGGGCUGCAGAGUUGGCCAGUAUCUUACUUCAGCAACAUCACGUUGAGGACGAGUCAGAUGGCUACCAGGUCCCCGAAAGCAAAUGGGGCCUGCAAGUUAGUCCUCAGAAGGGCAAGCAACGCGUGCGUGGGCACGAACAUGGCGUCAACAAGUUCAUCCGUGGUGGUCUGGCGGCGCAGGCAUCUUCAGUGCUCUCACAUCUAAACACCUCCCUGGCACUCUGGUCGAAGGAGAUCUCGAUGCAUUUCUCUACUUCAAGCAGUAGUUCCCGGUCUUAUAGACUUCCGAAACCUGACAUGCGUCUUCAAAUCGUGAAGAUUAUCCACACGCCCCCUCCAAACACGUCUUCGAUUUCCAUCCCAGGCGUUGCAAUCUGCCGACGAGAAAUUCCGUCUAAAAUUGCACCCUUUCCCCUUGAAGUUCUGCCGCAACAUGCAUCUCAUACCGAGUUCCAAUAUUUAUUGACCUUACUAUCCUUCGUUGCGCGCCCAUCUCCACCUGGAACGGCAGUACGCAACCCCAUACAUUUCAAAGAUAACCGGGAGAUUUGGGUGUGGAAGCCGUGGCGCAUGAUGUCGAUAGAGGAUCUGGGGAAUCGGUCACACCACUUCUCGCAGGUGUUGACUAUUGAAGAUGACGAGAAUAAAAGGGAUGCAGAAGAGCUUUUCGCUUCUCUUCAAGAUGGUAGCAUUACCUCCACGAAAGCUGCUUUGGAGGAUGUAGCUUAUCUCUGCGAUCGAUUCGUGAUUCCUAGCUGAAUGAAUGCGGGCGAGGAGAGGUUUUUGCAACGCUGGUCAAUGCAGCUCAGCGGUGACAGCCAGUCUAAAUCUGCUGGGACCUCCAGAUAUGUUGCUGUAUUCCCCCCUCAAGCUCAAGCCCGACCCUUACUCUGUGAAAUCGCCGUGACGCCGCUUGAACAGUUGUAGGCUCGGCCUUUGUUGGUUCCUAACUCAAACGAAUGAAUCAUCACUACUGUGGUCCGGGAUCGUGGUACCUAGAGUGUUCACAUCUCUGCACGCUUGACUGCUCUGGCUGUUAGGACUACGUACUGCCCUCGUGCAUAUGAUCACGAAGGUCUACAAGCGGGCCAAGACGUCUUCAUUUGCGUAGUCCGACGAUAUGCAAACGCCUCAUAAGUAUGUGAUUGUUUAGUCACUUCACGAACUGCCAUCAUACCGAGAAAUUACUCUGGUGAGUGUGAACAUUGACCUGUUCUUGGUCUGCAUAGCCCGAGUUCUCA